AUGGCCCAUGCAGAUUUCUUGUCCCGUAACUCUCCUGUAGGAUCGCAAGACCUUCAGUCAAAAACCAAAUUGAUAAAUUUCACAGAGCUUCAAAGGGGGUGGCUAUCUGUGGAGCAACAGCGAGAUAGCGAAAUUUCAAAUAUAAUCAGUAAAAUACAAUCGAAUGAGUUGCCCCCGGAGAUAUCACACACCUAUGAUGUUAGGCAAGGUAUACUGUAUCGUAAGAUAGAGCGCGCAAAAUCUACUAAGUGGUUACCAGUCUUACCACAUUCAUUGAUAUGGUCCCUCAUAAGUCAUGUGCACGCUGAAAUCAAACAUUUAGGGUAUGGAAAAACACUAGAUAAGAUGUAUGAACUUAAUUGGUUCCAAAAUAUGUCCCGUAAUGUUAAGAAAUCUGUAGACUCGUGCGUAAUCUGUAAAUCAUCAAAAGAUCCGUCAGGUGCUCAGCAGGUCCGACUGCAUCCGAUUCCAAAACCAGCGGUUCCCUGGCAUACAUUACAUCUCGACCUGACGGGCAAGUUAAGUGGCAAAAGCGAUCGUAAGGAAUACUGUUCUGUCAUUGUUGAUGCUUUCACAAAAUUUGUCGUGCUUAAACACACAACGCUAAACUGUGCUAGUGCUAUCAAUGCAAUUAAAGAUUCGAUACAUUUAUUUGGUGCUUCGGAAAGAAUAAUUGCUAAUCGCGGGCGUUCUUAUGAUAAUCAUGAUUUUACGCAGUUUUGUGAAAGCAACAAUAUGGAAUUACACCUUAUCGCAACUGGGUCUAGUAGAAGCUAA